CCAUCCUGCGAAGAAACCUAAUGUAAUUCGAUCUACACCAAGCCUGCAGACCCCAACUACCAAGCGAAUGCUCACCACCCCGAAUCACAUGGCUCUGAGCAUUCUGGGAAAAAGAAACUACAGUCAUCACAAUGGCCUGGAAGGAUCUUCUCUCUCAAUUUCCAGUUGCUCUGGAAGCCUCUAACUCUGGCCUGUGUCUCCUCAACCCAGUGAGGCCGCUUUCUGCCGGCGGUACAGUAAACUCACCUGCUGUGUGUCGGACUGAGCUGUCCCUGCCCUAUCCUGUAAUCCAAGACUUGCUACACUGUCCUGCUGACGUUCACAGCUGUGCCUGCAAAGGAGGCAGCCCCUUGCCUGGUACAUUUCCGUGGGAGACCUCCACUUGCGCCCCGUGGAGAUGCCAUGGGUCAGGGGAAGAGACUGUGGGAUGCCCGUUUCCGAAAGCUGUGCCUGUCUCCACGUGUGAAUCAGUGUCCCCUGCUUUCCUCUCAGAGACCCACGCUGUCCCAGAGCUGGGCAGGCUGGAAGGCGGAGGGGAGGAGCUUAGGCAGCCCGCCUCCUCCCUUCCCCAGCCCUGCGCCCUGUGCUCGCCCUCCGGGACCCUCUGGGACCGGCAGCCCUGCCCGACGCUGCCCUGCAUGUGCCAGCCCUGUCCGCUCUGCUUUAAGCUGUAUCGUUGUGUCCAGGAGGGACGUGGCAUCAUCCGAGCGGGUUUCCUUAAGAAACGUGCCAGUGCCCAUGGAGUUCACGAGCCCGCCGCAAGCCCCUGAUCUCCCCCCUCCCACUCCCCACCCUUGUUGCACCCAUCCUUGCAAGGCCCCUCCUGUCACUUUGUAUCUUUGGUGAAGUUUCCCUGCUGCCUGUCUUUGACCUUCACCUCCCCUCUGACCUUGCUUAGGCAUCAUGGCUGGAGGUUCUGACCCAAGGGAAACAGCAUGGUACACCUCGUGCCCCUGGCCAGUCCUCAUUAUUUUGUCCCUGUAGACCCGGCUGGAGUCCUGCUUGGUCCCACACGACUCCAGCAGCAUCAAGUGGCUGGACUCUGCUGGCCAAGCGUGGGUCUAGCUGGUUUGUGCCUCUGCAGGUGGCCCUCCUGCCUUACCGCCGAACCAGCUGACUGGCAACGGGCCAGAUGGGGCCUGCAGGGUCACGCAGGGUCGGCUUUUAUGUUAGAGGGGGGUGGGGUCAGGGAACUGUGUGCACAGGUAUGAGCUACCCCUACCCCACCCCACUGCCAUUCCACCCCCUGUGAGCAUAGGUGCCUGGCCCCUGAAGACCAGCCUGCUCCCAUGUCCCGUCCGCCCUGGCCUCCAGCCCGAGGUGGUGACCCAGCUGGUAGCUCUGUGUGCAAGAAGUUGCAAAAGUAGGAACAGCUUGGUGCCUGAUGAUAUGAAUCUGCCCCCCACCCCCAC